GGCAGCCAUAAAGGCUUGAACACAAGUCGCUGCUUGCGUUUUGCACUGGAAGCUCUUACCUCCAGCGGUGUCACACUGACGAGCCAGAAAACAGCGGAGUCAUGCUGCUUCUCACUCUCCUUUUCGUGUCCUCAGUUGGGGCCACCCCUCUGCUGGGCACAGAGCAGUGUGCCCGUGGACCCUCUUACUGGUGUCAGAAUGUGAAGACUGCGUCUCUGUGUGGUGCUGUGACUCACUGCCAGCAAAACGUCUGGAACAAACCCCAGAUGAAAAGCGUGCCGUGUGACUUGUGUAAGGAAGUGGUCAUGGUAAUUUUGCAGAUUUUGAAGGACAAUGCCACAGAGGCUGAGGUUCUUGGUUACCUGGAGAAAGCCUGCCAGCUCAUUCCGGACAAAGGUUUGAGUGCUGAGUGCAAGGAGUUGGUUGACAGUUACUACCCCAUCAUCGUGUCAAUCAUCAUUGGAGAGCUGGAAAAUCCUGGUGUGGCUUGUGGAGCCAUUGGCUUGUGUCUCUCCCAGCAGUUGGCCCUGGCUGAAUUUCACGAGCAGCUGAUGUCCAAUGAGAUCCCACAGAUUGACCUCUCCAAGUCAGCCACACCUUUCCUCCUCAAUGUGCCUGGGCUGUUGUACCCACAGAAAACCCCCAAACCAGAAACUCCAGUCAAAGGAAGUCAUGAUGUAUGCCAGGACUGCAUCAAGUUCAUGACUGAUGCACAGUCGGAGCAAAAGGACAAUCCCUCAUUUGUAAACUCACUUAUUGUGAAAUUUGAAGAGAAUUGCGACAAGAUGGGACCUGGUUUGUCAGAUAUGUGCAAGCAGUAUAUUAGCAUGUAUGGCAGCGAUGUUCUUCAGAAGAUCUUUUCUUUGGAACAGGAUCCCAAGGAUGUCUGUUCCAUUGCUGGCUUCUGUAGUGCAGGCAAAAAUUCCACUCCUAUGUUGAAGCUGCAGGCUGCUAAAAUUUUACCUGCCUCUAAGACGGUGCCUGCUCUGAAUCUUGUUCCUGCCACCAAGGUGGAAUCUGCUAAGUUGACUAAAGUAACCAGUCAGCCUAUGGUGCGAGUUCGGGAUUCCCCUACAUGUGUUCUAUGUGAGGUUGUGAUGGAGCAGUUGGAAAGCAUUUUGAAAAAUCAGUCAACUGAGGAAGAGGUGGUUGCAGCUUUGGAGAAGGUUUGUGAUUAUUUGCCCGCCUCCAUGACUAAUGAGUGCAAGGAUCUGAUCAGCACCUAUGGCAAGGCCAUCUUUGAGCUAUUGGUGCAGCAGGCUGACCCAAAGACUGUUUGCACCAUCCUGGCACUCUGCAAUAAUGCCAGACCUGCAUAUAUUCCUGCCCUUGAUAAGACUACCUUCAAAGGUGUUGCCUACUGCAAGGUGUGCAAGCUGGCUGUCACCUACAUAGAUGAAAUCCUUGAAAAGAAUGCGACUGAGGCACAAAUUGAAGAGGCAGUGAGGAAAGUUUGCAAUUACUUGCCCGCCUCCAUCCAGACAGAGUGUGACCAGCUGGUUCAAGAGUACGAGCCCAUGCUUGUGCAAAUAAUUCUUCAGACGCUCGACCCAGACUUUGUGUGCCUGCAAAUUGGCGCCUGUCCGGAGCCUCUGCGCAGACUGAUGGGAAGAGAGCUCUGCGCCUUGGGACCUUCAUUCUGGUGCAAGAACAUGGCGACAGCAGUCCAAUGCGAUGCGGUGGCUCACUGCAAGCGCCACAUGUGGGCAUAGAAGAGGAUCAGCACCCACUGACACGUCUUAGGGAAUUAACUGCAUUGCUGCUUCCUACUUCAACUGUUCAUUAGUUUCUCGACUAGACUAAGUGACUGUAUAAUUUGAUGUGAUUUGUGGAAAGGGACAGGACUUUUUUUUUUCCCCCCUUUGGGGUAGGGGUGGGGGUGAAUUACAUGUACACAGCCAAUUUAUCACUUAAGAUUUUUCAGUUUGGCAUAUUUGAGUUGUAUUCGUGUGCUUGCUGCAUCUGAUAUGUAGUAACGAAAGUUAAGUUUCACAUGUGGUACCGUGUCAAGAGCAGGUCAUUGUUAUGGCUUUUUCUCCUUGCAAGAGCAAACAGAUUACCGGUAUGUAUGAAAAAUGAGAUUUAACCUUUUAGCAGCAUGUCGAAGUCUCAAGAAAAUCUGUAUUUUGUCAGUCAUGUUUUAUUGUGAUGUUUUUUUUUAGGAGAUAAUGUGGCCUGGAGUUUUCCUUCCAUCGUUUGCACUUUCGCAGUGGUUUGUAACUGGUAGUUUUUACACCAAGCAUCUUCUCUUCUGCAUUAAUACUAUGAGCCAGCUGUAAAUUGAUCAGAUAAUUUUAACGAUUAAAAUGAUCCAAAUCCCUGGAA